UUCUCGAAAAAAGGCAAAAAAACCUCACUUCAAGAUGGCGCUGCGCACCGCCUGUACCUCUGCGUUACGGGCUGGGACGGAUUUAGGGGUCAAUAAUGCGAGGACGUUUGUCACAACAGCAUUCCUCUGCAGACGCAGACCUCCACUGGGUCCGAUGCCAAAUGAGCACAUUAAUGUUAGAAACCAGGAGAAAGUAGACAAGUAUCUCAGCUACACCCUUUACCUCAAACAAGCUGAGGAGGCCAAGAACAAACCCGCCUGGUGGAAGACUUACAGGGGCUAUGUGGAGCAAGACGAUCCUGAUCACGGUGCAGAACAAGUGGACAUUGGAUUUCCGUACUGUCGACCCAGCAGGACCAAAGAAGUGAGGGAGAGAAGUCAGGUGAUCAAGGAAAACAAGAAGAAUGUUGAGCUGGAGAAGGCCAUGCGUCUACGCACCUUUAAGAUCCCUCUGGAUCGAGUGGAGGAAACCUGGGAGAAGAGCAGUCGUCCGUUUCAUGUGAAGAGACUGGCAGAGCACUACGGAGUGUUCAGAGAUCUCUUCCCCAGGGCCUAUUUUCUACCUCAGGUGCACCUCCGUAUCUGCUACAGCCAGGACAGCGGUGGUCAAGUGCAUUGUGGGAAUCGUCUGACACCAACUGAAGCGUCAUCUGCCCCUCAGGUUAGCUUCGAUGCAGAGGAGGGCUCCCUGUGGACCCUUCUGCUUACCUGUCCAGAUGAGCAUCUUCUGGAUAAUGAGGCAGAAUACAUCCACUGGCUGGUGGGGAACAUACCAGGAGGAGCAGUGCAGUCUGGGGAGGAGCUGUGUCACUACCUGCCCCCCUUCCCUGCCAGAGGAACAGGCUUCCACCGCUACAUCUACGUCCUCUUCAAACAGGAGGGGCCCGUCAACUUCCAGGAGGAUGUCCGGCCGUCGCCAUGCCAUUCUCUGGCGGAUCGCACGUUUAAGAUGGUGGAUUUCUACAGAAAACACCAGGACAACAUGACGCCUGCCGGCCUGGCCUUCUUCCAGUGCCAGUGGGACGAAUCUGUCACCAACACCUUCCACAACACACUCAACAUGAGGGAGCCGGUGUUUGAGUUCAUCCGGCCUCCAGUGUACCACCCUCCACAGGUCAAAUUCCCUCAUCGACAGCCCCUGCGCUACCUGGACAGGUACAGGGAUGGAAAGGAGCACACCUAUGGAAUAUACUGAGUCUGUGACAUUUCCAUUUCUGAAUGUGGAAUUAUAUUUGGUGUAUUUAUGUUCUAAUAAUAAAGAAUUUUUCAGCUGUGA